AUGGCAAGAGGCGCCCCCAGGAGCGCCUCUCCAGCCAGGUCUUCACCCGCGCCGAGUUUUCGAAUAAGCAGUGAUCAUACCCCGAGAGGGAGGGCCGUCUCUGAUUCGAAAACACUGCACGGCGCCCAGGUACUCGACUCCGUUGGUCUUGUAGAGUUCCUGCAACAAGAUGAUCGGCCCGUCCUUGUCAUCGAUCUUUUUGACGAUGUCAACACAAGCACGAAGGAACUCGCGCCCGUUUUCGUCAACGUCGCUUUGAAAUCGAAGAGAGUGCUUUACGAUGCCGUCUGUGGAGUAUCAGAAGACCCAAGUAUGUCAGCCGUAUUCGGAACACCUUUUGUCGAUUUCAAGUCAUGGGCUCUCAGCCAACUGAUAGAGAGCGAAACUGUACGGACGUUUCCCUUUGCUGGUACGCUGUGGAAGGCAUCUGUUAUACAACAAAGAUUAAAAGUCAUAACUGGUAGUAACGAUCCGCUACCGGCAUCUUCCCAGGAAGCAAGAACACCGUCCAUUAUGCAGCCUCAGAAUGGCUAUUUUUCAUCAAAAGGUUCCGAUCGGUCAGCAGGCUACUUCGACUAUCCUUCUCCAGCUGUAAAGCCGAAGCUCAACACGGCGAGCUUAGCAAGCAGCGAUGUGAUCGGACCUAGGUCGCCAAGAACUCCUGUUGAUGCCACCCCAACACCAAGCGGUGAUAUCGGCCAUUCCGAACUACUGUUGGGCACACUGUCUCCUGGCGCUGAACAGAGAACCUUGCUGGCUUCGACAAACGCAGAGACGUCGGGUAUCAGAGGUGCAGUGGGAUCUGAAGGCGGGUCUUUUGAUUGGACAAGGCUGCCUCUGGGACCGCAACUCCCUGCUCACAUUCAAUUUGCAAGAGGAAUCGAUUGGUCAAAAACCAGCCUGGGCAGUAUUGAUACCUGGGCUUCAGAUCUCAGAGGAAUGUGUAAUCUCAUCAUGGCUAGUCCCCAUCCUGCAGCCAUGUACUGGGGUAGAGAUCACGUGGCCAUCUAUAAUGAGCCCUACAUCCUGCUCGCUGGUCAGAAGCACCCAAUACUGAUGGGGACCCGCUACCGCGAUGCGUGGGUAGAGAUUUGGGAUAAACUGGAGGAAGUGUUCGAUAAUGCCUACAACCAUGCGCAGGCGACCAUGAAAGAUGACGACUGCCUCUUCAUCGUAAGGAAUGGGUUUCUUGAAGAGACGUAUUUCUCGUGGAGUAUUAUCCCGCUCAUCGGCAACGAUGGCAACGUUGUCGGCCUCUACAACCCAGCUUUCGAAAAGACUCGGAGGAAAGUGGCAGAGCGCAGAAUGUUGACCUUGCGCGAGAUCGGUGAAAAGACAGCGACAGCACGACAGGUCGAUCACUUUUGGAGUCUGUUGCUAGAAGGCCUGCAGUUCAAUGAGCUCGAUGCGCCAAUGGUCAUGAUAUACUCUCUCAACAAUGACCUGGCAGAAGGAGACAGCGCGUCCUCAACAUCAAGUAGCGGCGCAGCAAGCAAAACCGCUUAUCUACAAGGGACUCUGGGUGUACCAGCAGGGCAUCAUGCUGCUCCGCCCUCCAUUGACCUCAGAUCGAGUCAAGCAGGCUUUGCCUGGGCUUUCCGCCAGGCGCUGACGACUGACCGGCCUAUAGUACUUCGAAGCGAUGAUGACACCUUAGAUCCAGCGCUCAUCGAAGGCAUGGAAUGGCGAGGGUAUGGGGAUCCGUCGAGAGUCUUGGUCAUCUGCCCAAUUCACCCCACAACAGGAGAGUCCACGCUCGGAUUUCUUGUGAUGGGGACGAACCCACGGCGACCAUACGAUGAAGAUUACGACCUCUUCGUUCAGCUGCUCGGGCGGCAACUAGCUACAUCGAUAGCUUCGGUCGUUCUCUUUGAAGCUGAGAUCAAGAAGAGCGAGAAAGCCGCGCGUCUCGCAGCUCAGGAUCGGAUCGAACUCAACAAUCAAUUGGUAGCCAGGACACAAGAGGCUGUAGAGGCCGAGAAUAAGUUCACGAGGAUGGCCGAACUGGCACCGGUUGGCAUGUUUAUCGGUGAUUCCACCGGUAAAUUGGUGCUUGUCAACGAUGCUUGGUACGACAUCACCUCGUAUCCGCGCGAUCUACAAGUCGGCAAUUUUUGGAUUGAGUAUGUCUUCAACGACGACAAAGAACAUGUACGAGAAGCUUGGCGGGUCAUGCUUGCACAAAAGUCUCCUAUAUCAAUCGAGUUUCGCUUCAAAACACCGUGGAAGGACAAGGUCGGCAACAUUAGCGCCACCUGGGUUCUUGCGAGCGUUUCGCCCGAAAAAGAUGAAGAUGGGAACCUCAAGAGAGUCUUUGGCUGCAUGACCAAUAUCAGCUCUCAGAAAUUUGCCGAGAGCAUACAGACUAAACGGAUGGAAGAUGCGCUUGAGUUGAAGCGACAGCAGGAAAAGUACAUCGACACAACGUCACACGAAAUGCGCAACCCUUUGUCGGCCAUUUUACAAAGUGCCGAUUCCAUCACUGGAAGUUUGACGGAGAUGAUGGCCUCUGGCAACCUUGCGCAUGAACAGAGAGAGCUGUUGGACAUGACAAUCGACUCGGCGCAGACCAUCACGCUCUGUGCUCAGCAUCAGAAACGGAUAGUGGACGAUGUCUUGACGCUCUCCAAGCUGGACUCCGCCAUGGUUGUUGUCACUCCAAUAGACGUCCAGCCUGUCAAAGUCGUUCAGCGAGCGGUAAAGAUGUUUGAAGGCGAGUUGUCGACAGCCGACAUUGCUUUAGAGUUUCAAGUUGACUCAACAUACACCUCCUUGGAUAUUGACUGGGUUCGAAUAGACCCUCACCGACUUUCUCAGGUCCUGAUCAACCUCACGACCAAUGCCAUCAAGUUCACAACGACCCAAGAGAAACGCACUAUAAACAUGUACGUGGGAGCUUCCAUCGAAAAGCCGUCCACCGAAGACAAGUGGGGCCUCACAUAUAUCCCAUCGCGGAUCAGUAAAGACCGAGACGUGACCGCUGCCGCCGAGUGGGGUCUGGGAGAGAUGGUGUACCUCCAUUUUGCAGUCGAAGAUACCGGCCGCGGCCUCGAUGACGCUGAGAAGAAGCAGCUCUUCCAGCGCUUCUCGCAAGCCAACCCCCGAACUCACAUCUCUUACGGUGGUUCUGGCCUGGGCCUUUUCAUCUCCCGCGAGCUUGUCGAACUGCAAGGUGGUGAAAUUGGCGUGGCAUCUGAGCCCGGCAAAGGCAGCACCUUCGCAUUCUACAUCAAGGCCCGCCGGUCCCAGCGGCCCACACAGGUUCUUGACGGCGAGACAGGGCCUGUCAGCGCCGGCGUCCAAUUUCGCAAAGCUUCCAAGAGCAAGACCCAACAUCGACCUCAAAAGCCGUCGAUUGCGGCACCGUCGUCUCCAGCAAGGCCUGUCGCCCAAGAAAGCCUGAACGUCCUAGUCGUAGAGGACAACCUGAUCAACCAAAAAGUCCUCGCAACGCAGUUGCGAAAAAUCGGUUGUGUCGUGCACGUUGCCAACCAUGGUGAAGAAGCCAUCGACCAGAUCAAGCUGUCUCAAUACUGGGUGUCCCAAACCCGCAGCAGUGCGACCGGCAACGCCGCGACGGUCAUCGACGUUGUUCUCAUGGACCUAGAGAUGCCGAUUAUGGACGGCCAGACCUGCGCUCGAGAACUGCGGAAGAUGCAGCUGGACGGUCGCAUCCGCGGCCACGUCCCCGUCAUUGCGGUCACGGCGAACGCACGAGAGGAGCAGAUACUCAUGGCACGCCAGAGCGGCAUUGACGACGUCGUCUGUAAGCCGUUCAGAAUCGUCGAGCUCGUGCCUAAGAUGAAGGAGGUGCUCGGCCGCCUCAAGGGGCUGGAAGAGCCAAGCAGUGCGCUGUGA